AUGCAUCUGCUAUCCCUGAUUCCCUCGAGCGUCCUCAGCAUCCUCCUAGCUUGGUGUCUUGUUCCAAUUGCGAGGGCAAACUAUUUCGUCGUGGAGGAGCCCACUACAGGGGUACAAUGGGUUAACGGCCAAAACAAUCUCGUAACGUGGACGAAAGCGCUAGACGACGGGAUAGACGUAUUCGAUAUCGAGUUGACACGAAUAAGCGUGGAUGGUCUGAAAUACAUCGCCCAGAGUGUUCCGGCGUCCGUGAACACGGUCAACGUCUAUAUCCAAGACAUCCCUACUGCAGACGACUACUACCUCGUUUUCGUUAACUCCACAUUCGGGUACCUCUACGCAUACUCCGAGAAGUUUGCUAUUGCCAAUAGCUCCAAUGGGAGCUCACCAACAACCAAUCCAAGCGCACACGUCGUGUCUAUCUCCGGCGCACCAAAUCCCACAGAUAACUUCGCGACGACGUUCCCGGCAUCGGGGGCUGCACCCGGCUGGCAUGGUGUCACGGGCUCGCUGCCACAGUUGGUUGGCAUACUGAGCGCGCUGCUCAUGUGCGCGAUGGGCGGCGCGUUGACUGUGCUUUAA